CACGUCGGUCAGUAUGCGCAGCGGAGCGUGAAGAGCAGACCUAAUUACUCGCUGAUUGUGUUUCACAGGUGUCAGUGGAUCUCUUCGCAUCUCCAUCUGGAACUUAUCGUCUGCAGUUCUUCUUCCAUUUUAAACUAGCGUUUGUGAACAUGUGUUUAAACUAUUUAUUCAUUUUAAUCUUCUGUCUAAAUUUGUGUAAUGCCGAUCCUGAAACUAAUAGUGAUGUGAGCCUGUCCACUGAGACGGAUUGUAUUUUUGACAAGGGCUGUCAUGAAAUGGCUGGUAAGCGUGCAUUCAUCAGAGAGCAGGAUGAGGAGGAGAGUCGGAUUAUAGGUGGGCAAGAGGCGUGGGCACAUUCCUGGCCCUGGCAGGUGUCACUGCAGUACUCUGACUUGCCAGCCUGCGGUGGAGCCAUCCUUGACCGGUACUGGGUUGUCACGGCCAGCCACUGCUUCAGACGUUACAAAAAGGCGUCGCUAUGGACUGUAGUGGUCGGAAGACACGAUUUAGAGAAUGCCAAUGAAUCCUGCCAUCGAAAUGUAAAGGUGGAAAAAAUCUUUUCUCAUGAGAACUACAUCCAGAAGACAAAUGAGAAUGAUGUCGCGCUGCUGAAACUGCAGAAUCCACUGAUGUUUAAUGAGUGUGUGAGACCAGUGGCCAUCUGGAACGGUGAUGUGCCGUCUGAGGAAACAUGUGCUGUCACUGGCUGGGGUGCCAUUAGAGAAAAUGGUCCUCGUGCCUUCAAACUCCAAGAGGUCAACGUAACGGUUUUUAAUCCGGAGACAUGUAGACAGUUGUUCGGAGGAAAAAUGCACGCAUUUAUGAUGUGCGCAGGGGCGGAUGCAGGCGGAAUGGAUGCUUGUCAGGGGGACUCUGGUGGUCCGCUUUCCUGCUUCACAGGCGAGAGGUACACGCUCGCUGGGGUGGUCAGCUGGGGGGUCGGGUGCGGUCGGGCCCAAAAACCAGGGGUCUACACCAAACUUUUCCAUUACAAACAAUGGAUUAAUUCCACAAUACAUGGUGAACUGAAUCCAGCCGACUCUGGAAUGGAAUCAACUGCUCAUUGUGGGCAGGCCAAGGUGGACCCCUGCCAACUGCCCAAUGGCUUGGCACAGGUGGUUCCCGUUGAGGACGGAACAUUUAAGGUGGACAAUGUAAGCGAAGCGUGUCCUCACUCUUGGCCGUGGCAUGUCAGCCUGCAAAGCCACGACCUGCAUUACUGUAGCGGUGUCCUCCUUCACCACAGCUGGGUACUGGCACCUCGCCACUGCGUUGCCAAGGUUGGAGAUACUGUGUUUUUAGGGGCUCAUGACCUCAACUUCAUGUCUGGCCAGACCUCAGCUGUAAAAAGCGUGCAGAGUCUGGACAGCGACAGCAGCUUCCCACUUAUGUCUGACCUCUCCAUGAUCCAUCUAACCGUCCCAGCUCGAAUAGGACCAACAAUAUUCCCGGUGUGCAUGAUGGAAAAAGAUGAUCAAAUGGUCGGUGAGGAAGAAUGGUCUUGUGUGACGACAGGUUGGGGGCCAAGAAAAGCUACAUUGGACCUGAACCCUGAUAUUCUGCACAUGGCCAGGGUGAAAUUACUUUCUGAGAAUGUCUGCAAAGCCGGCUGGGGAGAAAUCGUUGCCAAGAAAUCUCUUCUAUGCACGGACGCAGCAGCAUCCACCUCCUGCUUGGUACUGUUUGUUAGUCAUUUCAGUCUGUUUUUAAUAUUAAACACUCACAAUUUAUUGCACACAUUUUGCAGGGCGACUCGGGUGCACCUCUUGUGUGUCAGAAAAAUGGGCUGUACUACCUUGUUGGACUGACGACAUGGGGAGGCAAGA